CAGACCCCCACUAAUGUGGCUAACCAUGUGUCAUCUCCCAACAAAGCCGGCAGCGCCUCCCAAGUGUAUAAAUAGGGAAAGCCUAUGCGAGUUGUGGCAUCAAACUCUGCGAAGACUUUGUGCUUCUCCUUUAGCUUAGCACCUAGACACUAAUCUGUGAAGAUGGAAUCAUACACUGCUGGAGCCAAAUUUGAUUGCUUGCUAUUUGACAUUGACGACACCCUCUAUCCACUGAGCUUAGGAAUCAACCAAGCAUGCCGUGACAACAUACAAGAAUACAUGCUGAACAAGCUGCAUAUUGAAGAGAGCCAGGUUCCAAAAAUGUGCCUCGAUUUGUACAAGGAGCAUGGAACCACAAUGGCUGGUCUCAAGGUUUCGGGCUACGAUUUCGACUACGAUGACUUCCACGCUUGCGUUCAUGGAAGGCUGCCGUAUGAGAAGCUGAAGCCUGACCCUGUCCUAAGGCAGCUGCUGCUCUCUCUGCCACAGAGGAAGAUAAUUUUCACCAACUCUGACAAAAACCAUGCGUCUACGGUCCUGAAGAAGCUCGGGCUCGAGGGCUGCUUCGAUGCCAUCAUUUGCUUCGAGACCUUGAACCCGCCAACUGAGCAAGACGACAUCAAUGGUGGUUCUGACGACUCAGCUCCUCCUCGCAGGGGAGUCCUGUGCAAGCCGUCUCUGGAGUCCAUGGAAGCUGUCAUAGAGAUCGCCAAGCUCGACGCCAAGAGAACGGUGUUCUUCGACGACAGCGCGCGGAACAUCGCCGCAGGGAAGGCCGCCGGCUUCCACACCGUCGUUGUCGGGACCUCAGCGCUGGUGGCAGGCGCGGACGUGGCGCUGGAGAGUAUCCACAACAUCAAGGAGGCCCUGCCGGAGCUCUGGGACGCCGCCGGCGAGCACGUCCAGGCGGUCCUCCGGCCCGCCGCCGUGGAGACCACGGUGCUCGCAUGAACAGUUGAACACGAAGCUGUGACGGCCACGUAGGGCAUAUGUAUCCUGUGCUAUGCAAAAUCUGUUGGAGCGCGGUGUGACUUACCUUUGGAGAAUGAACUUCUGUGCCAGCUGUCUCCUCCGACACCGGGUCCAUCGCAGUAAUACCCCUAUGUAAAAUAAUUUCCAAUAGCAGUGUCAUGGACAAUAAAUAGGCUAUUAUGUAAUAAAUUGUGAUGCCAUUUACAAGAUAGCUUUUAUCUUAUACUAGUUUCGAAAAUAAUAAAAGAUGAAACAAUGCAUUGUGUGGGCUAUUUCAUCUAUGAAC